AUGGUUGUUCUUGGGGUGGUUACGGUGUUGGCUCUCGUCUUGACCCAUGUGUGGCUCAACGUCGUCGUUUCAGUGGUGAUUGGGGUCGCUUUGGUUUCCUUGCACGCGGUGUUUAGGGGCACGGAGGACCUUGUUAUGGAUGACCAAGAAUCGCCUUAUGGGACUCUGCUCUCGGAUGAUCAUGACCCAAGUGGGAAUUAUACCAUCAUGUGA